AUGGAAGGGGAAACAGAUAUUCGACUGCCGUCAACAGUAUUUCUGGACCGGUUAGGUCUUCACUGUGAUGGCCAGAUGCUUCACAGCUCCUCGAGGAUUAUUUCCAACAGAAGAUGUCAUGCUGAGUGGUAUGUCAGCAGUUCUCGUCAAAGGCUGUGCGGAAUAACGGCCUCAGGUCGCAACACUCGAAACACAUCUACGGGUGCUUUUGUCGCGAUGGGGACGCUGUCUCGGAUGUCCAAGGAGUGGUGA